AUGCUAGUGGCCAAAGGCAAACUCAAACCCUCACAAAUAGGCAACCCUGGACCGCCUGAUAAGGUCCUCGGUGUUGGAAAGCCUCCAGCACCGGCAAAAGCCAAAGAUGACCUGGUGGUGGCUGAAGUUGAGAUCAAUGACGUCCCAAUCAACUGUCGAAAUCUACUGACGCGUGGGCAAACGCAAGAUGAGAUCAGAGCAGUUAAUAGAAUCAAGGAGAUCAUCACCAAUGGUGUGGUAAAGGCCUACUGCUUCAUCAUCCUCUCCAACUUUCUCCUCUACUGGGGCUUCAGUCACAGUUUACCAGCAGCACCCAACCCGCCUCCCCCCUCACUGCCACCUGUCACCCACCCAAACGCCGCCUUUCAUAAGAUCUUUGUGGGCCUGGACCACGCUGUCCCGGGGUUUGUGGUCAAAGAGCGUGUCGAGGGCCCUGGCUGUUCCUACCUGCAGCACAUCCAGGCUGAGACUGGGGCCAAAGUCUUCCUCAGAGGAAAAGGAUCUGGCUGUUUAGAGCCUGCCUCUGGCCGAGAGGCCUUUGAACCCAUGUACAUUUACAUCAGUCAUUCUAAACCUGAAGGACUUGCAGCAGCAAAGACUUUGUGUGAGAACCUGCUUCAGACAGUCCAUGCAGAGUAUUCUCACUUUAUUAAUCAAAUGAUGCCAACGCCACAAGGCUUUGGACAGCCUCCUGUAGUGAAUGGGAUGCCUCCUCAGCCUCCUUACUACACCCCUGCUGGUUAUCAGCCAAGCUACCCCAUGCCUGUACCUCCACCUCAGCCUCAGACUGUCCCUACACCUUACACUGUCCCACCUCCUGUACCUCCUGUGGUCACUGCAGGUGUUCCCUCUCAGUACCCUCUCCGCCCAGCCCUGGCCCUAGCCCCUGCUCCUGCCCCUCUUCCUGUUCCUGUUGCCACUGUAGCUCCUACACCCUCACUUGUACCAGUACCCACUCCUGCUCCAGAGACACUGCCACAGGCACUUCCUCCGCCUGUACGUUUACCACCCUCUACUGCAGCACCACCCAAAGUUUCACCUCCUGCUGUCCCAGCCAACCCACCACAGAAAAGACGCUUCACAGAGGAGGUACCAGACGAGGCUGACAGUGGCUUGCUUGGAUACCAGCAUGGACCCAUUCAUAUGACUAAUUUAGGUGCAGGCUUCUCCGUGGGCAGUCCCGAGAAUCCAGGAUCCCAACCACAGAGUUCCUCCAGCCUGUCGAGUGAGAGGGACAGUAAGCAGCUAAUGCCUCCACCGCCAUUGCCUGUGAAUGGAGUGAGACCCAAGAUGGAAGAGAGAAAGGCACUGCAAGGCCCCGUGGAGCCUGCAGUAAAAAGACUGAAAACAGGUUUGGUGGCAUACACCGGUGACUCUUCUGAUGAAGACGAAGACCAUCCCACCUCAAAAGCCACAUCAGGGCCAGGUAACCCUGGGGCAGUUCCCCCUACCACCUCCACAACCACCACCACCUCAGGUUGGGCACAGGGUUAUCGCUGCCCUCCUCCACCACCCCCUCGAGCUAAAACACAGCCACAACAGCAGUCUAUACCUUUCUGGAUGGCACCCUAA